AUGGAAAUAAGAAACUUCACUAAUAAAAAACCAUAGUUAGCAAUACUACAUACUAAAAAUUUAAGUAAAUAGUUUUCAAUGAAAUCAGAAAAAAGAAUCAAAACAACUACAACAGAUACAAAUAGAUCUGUUGAUACUAAAAAAAUCUUAACUGAUUUUUAUGACUCAUGUAAGCGAAGAAAAAGUAUUUAAAAAAAAGUAAUUAGUUACUUCUUAAUUUAUACAUGAAAGAAAUAAAUCCUAAUAGCAUUAAAAUGAAUCACUAUUUUAGUCUAUCGAUAGUUGUCCUUCUUUUCGAUAAUAGGCUUCAAUAUCUCAAAGCUCUCCUCCCAAUAAAUUCUUUCUAUUUAAUACAUGUGAGAAAGUUCUAUGUUAAAAAAGCAAUGGAUCUAAACGGAUUUAAAUUCAAUAUGCAGAAAAGCUUUUCUUACAGCAAUUAAAUUCAAAUAACAAACAGGAGUUAUUAUUGAAAAUUGAAUAAUAUAUUAGAGAUUAUUUUACUGAUGAAUGUAGAGAAAUGGCUAAUUUAUUUGAUACUUUUAUGAGAGAACUUAAUUCAUAAAUUUCUGAUUAGAAAUUCUAAUUAUCUUUACAUGAAAAAUAGCUUGAAAUAUAAAAGUUAGAUGAUAUUAUUAGAAUGAAUACUAAUCAUACUUGGGCUCAUUAGGAUAUGGAAAGAUAAUUAAAAUAAUUAUAAACCUAAAAUUAUGAUCAGAUUAAUUUAAUUACAAAAUAUGAAAAUGAAAUCAAAGACUUAUAAACAAGAAAUAAUUAACUUAAGUAGUAAUUAGAAUUGAAAUAAAAAGAAAUUGUUUUAAAAAAUAAAAAAAUAAAAGAAUUAGGAUAUGAAGUACUUUAAUUGUAAAGAAAAUUAGAAUACAUAGAAAAUAAAGCUUAGAAAGAUCAUAGAUAAUCAAUUUAAUAGACUAGAUAUUCAAUAUUUUAAAGUCAAUAAGUUGGUUCAAAUACAAAUUUAAGUUAAAUAGGCAACAAUCCUAAUUCUAAUUAGAUAAAUAAAUUUACUCCUCUGAUAGAGGAAUUAGUUGAAGAUUCAUCACCUUCUUUAACUGAAUAAGAAGAUGAAGAAGAAAAAGAACUUAAUUAAAUUGAAUUUAAUACUGAAAGAAUGGUUGAAACAAGAGAGAAAGAAACUUAAAUUGAGUUUGAUAUAAUUAAUAAUUAUACAAAAGAAUAAGAAACUUAAACGAACUUAUAAUUGAUAUCAAAAAGAUUUGAUGAAUUGUCGUAAGAUCUUUGUGAACAAGCUCUUAAUUUUAUUGAUUUUUUAAGUAUUCCUCAGGAUAAAGUUGAAAAUGAUAUCAAUAUAACAAAUGCUCAUUUACAAAAUAUUAAUUUGGAUAAAAUUUCAGAGGAAGAAAUAGUGAAACUUUUUGAUUAAUAGUUACCAACAACUCCUAUAAACUAGUCAUAAUUAGUGAAACAAUCUUCAAAUAGAGCAAACAUGAAAAGAACUUCUAUGAUACUUGAUAAACCAAUGAUAUAGAAUUAAUAAUAGAUGCCUAAUUAAAUAAAAAUAAAAUCGAUGAUUACAUUUAUAAAAAUGUAAGGUAGUAAGAUGAAACAAUUAGAAACUUAAUUAAAGGAUGGAAUAGAGUAAAUUUAAGGGUUGAAAUAGAUUAAUGAGGGAUUAGAGGAUCAUAAUAAAGAAAUAAAAGAAUAAAAUUCUAAGUUACUUGAUUAAAUAACAAAUUUACACAUUAAAGUUAAUGAUCUUGAAAAUUAAAUAAUGUCUGAUGCAAUGGAUUUAAAUUAAGUUUUAUCUUAAUAAGAAAAAAGGCCACCAAAUAUUAAAUAAAAUACAUUUGCAUAAAAAAAGACUAAAAAAGCUGCUCCUCAUUUAGGAUAGAAAGUAAUAUUAUAUAUAAUUUAGAUUACAAUUAGUUAUGAUUUUUAGAAGAAUUAAUCUAAAUUGCUUAUUGAAAAAAUUAAAUCAAAAAGUAUGGGAAAGUUUUCAAAUUAUUUACCAUUAAAGCUUGUUCUUAAAAUGAUUACUACAUUUUAUUUUGAAAAAAUUUCAAAUUAAAAAGAAAAUAAAUAAUUAAGAGAUUAGGACAUGUCUGCAUAUAUAUAUAAUUAUUAUUUAUAAUAAUUUGGAUACACAAAAAUAACAGAAUAAAGAUUUAUGAUCCUUGUAUUAUCUGUUAAAAAGUAUGCAUCAAUAGUAAGAGUAAAUAUGUUUGCUAAAUUUAUGAAUUUAUUAGAAGAAAAGAGUAAUUAUAGAGUAGAAGAAUUGUAAAGAUAUUUGGAAGCACUAGAAUAUGUUUCGAAUAUUUAAAAUUUAGGAAUUGCUAUAAAAGAUAAUGAAUAAGAUUAGAAACAUUAUAUUCCAUAUGUAAGAGCAUUAGCUUACUUGGGAUAGUUAUAAAAUUUUAAUUUCACUUAAGAGGAACUUAAUUAUUUAAAAUUAGAAUUAGAAAAUUAAAAAGAAAAUGAUCCUAAAAAUAUAAAUAAAGCUGGAAUAAUUGAUUUUGAUUUAUUAAUGAUAAGAGUAUUAACAAUAUUCAGAAAUAAUGUUGAAAAAACAAAACUUUAUGUUAUAAAUGCAUUUGCAGCAUGUGAUCUUGAUGGAAAUGGAAUGUGUAAUAUAGAUGAAUGGUUGCUAUUAAUAAGACAUAUAGAACCAGAGAAAUUUGAUGAAGAUAAAUUUAUAGAUGUAUUUGAAGAAUUUGCAGAUUUAGUAGAAGAAGAAGAGAAAAAUCUAUCAUUUGACAGAUUUUCAAUUUUAUGUAUGGAACAUGAAUUAUUUAGUGAUGCUUAAUAAAAUAAAUUCUUAAAAGUUAAAAGUAUAAUAAUAAAAUAUUGAAUUUAGGUAACCAAGAAGCAGAUUAAAAAUUUGAAUAAUUAAAAUAGAAUUGGGGAUAAAUAUAUAUGGAAUAAUUAAAGAGAUUAAAUGAAAUAAAAAUGGAAGAGAGUGAAAAAUAGAAAUGGCAAAAGAUACUAAGUGUUUUAGAUAAAAAGAUAACAGAUUAAAAUAGUAGUAAAAAGCCUUUAUUGAUUGCAUAUAAGAUAUUUUUGGAAGAAUCGAAAUGA